AUGGGCAAGUGCUGCAACGAUCUUGGCUCCAGCCCGACCCUGCAGCUCCUCAUCAUCAUCUCCUUGGUGGUCUAUGCCUUCGUCACCGUGGUCAACAUCGUGAUCGAUUUUCUUGGGCAAGAAUAUGAGCUUCCGUACGACGUCUUGAACCCGAGUAUUUCGUUGCUGAUGCUAGGCAUCUUCCUGGUAUUUUGGCUGACAUGCUGCUCCCGAUGCUGUGCGCCCUGCUUCUGUGGACCCGAGAUGCCCGAUGUUCCUGCCGGCUGCAUGUGCCAACAGUGUGGAGGCAAUCCGGCGAUGAUGGACUGCCCGUUUUACAUCGUGUUCCUGCUGGAUGGUGUGGCAGGAUCGCCUGAUGCAGCCAUUGACUCGAUAUUGAACGACCCGAACGUGGAUUGGGAUACAGCAAUAGAGAUGGUCGAGUUCAUCGAUAAUUUUACGUGGCUUCAUUACCUCCGCUUCCUCCUGCUUGGCCUCGCGGUCUUUGGGAUCUUUCAGGCAAUCAAGAAGCGCAGAAUGAUGCUGAACGGGGAGUGUAAAUCUUCAUCCGCCUAUGGGGCUCCACCCGCCUACGGAGGGGCUCCACCGGCAUAUGGUGGGGCUCCGCCGGUCGCUGUUGGUGCACCAGUGACGGUACCGCCCGUUGUGAAAGCCACGGUGGUCCAGGAGUCCAAUGCGCUCUUGGCCAUUGCGGCGCAACCGACGUCUGGAGGGCCAAUGAAAAAGUGGUUCUGCAACUUUACCUUUCUGUUCCCAGCGGAGUCCUACGAAGCCGCCUCGCUGCUGAACAUGGUUCUCCCUGGGGAUGCGGAUGAGUUCGAUGAAGUUUGGUACCCGGCAAACUUCACUGAGGAGGUUGAGCCGGAUGGAGACACCAUGGACUGUUGCACACUGCUACUGAAGAAUGGGACGGCCACUGUGGAUUUGUGGGACGGCAGUGGAUAUCCCUAUCCUGGCGCACGCACGGAAGCCGUCGUUGACGACACCGACGAGGGAGACUGGCUUGCAAACACUCCAAUCGAGGUCGCAGAGCUCUCGCUUCUUCGUGUCCUGUACAUCACCCGGGUCGUGCGGCUCUUCAAGCUGACCCGCGCGUUGAAUGCGGAUCUCGGACAGUUCAAUGAGAUCAACGACCUCUUCAAAAAGGUCUUGGCGAACGCUGCUCCAGCGAUUCUGAUGACAGUACUGCUCAUCGUGAUUGCCCUGUUCUUCUUCGGUACUUUCAUCUGGUUCUGCGAGCGUGGGGAGUGGGCUGGGAAAGACUCGCCUCGAUACCAGGCGUUGGUCAUCGGAGAUCGUGGCUCGGAAGCAGGUGCAUGGUUACGAGUUGCAGCGGACGGCCUCACCGAGGAGCUCAGUCCGUUUACAUCCAUUCCUGGUGCCUUCUGGUGGACGAUCGUCACGAUCACAACCGUUGGCUAUGGUGACCAGGUUCCGACCUCUUGGGUCGGAAAGACCGUGGGCUCCGUGGCCAUGCUCUACGGCACCGUCAUCUUGGGCCUCCCGCUCUUCGUGGUCGGGGCGACCUUUGGUCAGGAGUACAACAGGCUGAUGAAGGAUGCCAAGCGGAGGGAGGAGCUGAAGAGCGAUCGCUCUGCCGGGAAGCAUGGCGCACCACUCCGCCACGCCGAGCGCACGGCACGGUUUGCAAAGGCUACCGGCAACUUCAUCGAGGAGCAUGAGAGCCUGCGUGUGGCCAUGAAGGAGUAUUGCCCCUUGCUGGGCAUCCCAGAGGGCGUGGUCUGCAACUGGGAGGAGGGUCUCCGGGCCGCUCUCCUGGAGCAGUCACCCGCCACCGGCAUGGAUCGGCUCAUGAUCCGGGUGCUGCAUUACUUGGCGGAGGUCGAAGAGUACUGGAUGUUGAAGGUGGACAUCUCCCCGAAAGGCCUGUCGUCUCCCGACUCGAAGAGUUCCCGGUAUCCCGACCGUGGGACUGACCCCACCAUCGCCGCUCGGAUGUCCAGCUUGGUCUCUGUGGUGUCUGUGAGGCUGGCAAUUACUGGGUGUCAGCUGGGCAUGGUCCCCUCCGAGGUCUUGGCCAAGGUUGAGGUCAUCACACAGGUGCCAAGCUACGAGCUGCAGCAGGUGGAGAAGAGGGUGGAGCUUCCGGUGGUGGAACUGCAGGAGAAGAUCGUGGAAGUGCCGCAGGCGGAGGUUAUCGAGAAUCCCGUGGAGGUCCCGGACAUCGAGAUCUGUGAGAUCAUCAAGCAGGUUCCGAAGUAUGAGAUCCACUACAUCGACAAAGAGGUGAUCAAGCACCAGAUCGAGUACGUGGAGAAGCUCGUGGAGGUUCCGCAUGUGGUGUACGAAGAACGGAUCAUCGAGGUACCACAGGUGGAGAGGCGGGAGCUCAUCCGCCACGUGCCUGUGAGCAAUGUGCAGCUGGUGGACAAGAAGGUUCCUAAGCACACGCUCCAAGUCACGGAGAAGGUGGUGGAAGUGCCGACUGUCUUGCACCAGGAGAGGGCCGUGGAAGUACCAGAGGUGGCGGUCGUGGAGACCAUCACAGAGGUGCCCAAAGUUCUGGUCAACUCCGUCCCGGUGGAGGUGCCCAAGGUUGUCAACGUCCAAAUCCAGGAAAGACUGGAAGAG